AUGAGUGAAAGAAAAUUCAGUAAAGCUGUAGGAAAGCCAGGGAUGGCUGCUCAAGUUAGGGAAACUGUAUCUCAAGUCGUAAAAGACUCAGCUCAGGUAACACAAGUCAAGUCAAUCGAACCUAUAGAUUACGAAAAAUUUGUUUUUAAGAAUAAAACGCUUCUUCAAAAUGACCCACAACGGGAAUUGUUAUUGUACCCUUCCGAUGAUGUUUCUCAAGUUGUUCUUCCACGAAGGUAUAGAACUGUAGCUCAAACAUUUCCUUCUUCUUCAGAAAUCAGUCAAUGCAAUUUGUUUGUUAAAGAAUGUUUAAAAAGUUAUUCAUCAAAUUGGAAUUUAAUUCAUUAUAAAUAUAGUGCUUAUUCAGGGACUUACCUAGAUUUGCCAAAAGUGCUAAAAUCAGAGGAUUUAAAGGAAGAAGUGUAUGAAGUAGACACUGAAGUUGAUCAAGUAAAUGAAGAAUCUUUCACUCGAGUUGAUGGUAUCACUAAAGAAGGAUAUUUACUUAAGGGCCCAGAUGUAGGUGGAGACAGAAUAUUUGUUAAUUUGGGAUCGAAAUCUUACAAAAGAAGAUACUGUUACCUAAGACAUCAUGUUGAUGGAACUUAUUAUUUAGAAUUGCAUAAAGAUGAAAAAAAAGGAGAACCUAAAGCUACUAUAGACAUGGACUUUUGCAAUGAGGUUGUUAAGAAUUCAAAAAAAGGUCGUUAUUGCUUUGAACUUCAAAUGUCAGGGCAUAAAACAUUUACUUUUGCGGCAGAAAACGAAAUAGAUUUGCAAGAUUGGAUUAUUAAAUUAAAUUUGGUAAUUCAACAAAACAAAGCACAAGAGGAAAAAAGAUGUGCUUCCUUAGACAGAGCAUGUAAUACUCCUCCACCUUCUCCCCAGCCUUGUCAAGUGUAUGGUACUCUAAAAGGGCUGGAAGAAAGCAUGAAUCCACAAUUGAUUAAAUAUGGUCGUGAAACUGAUGCUUCUAUAGCUCUUUCUAGAAAAGAAAACAGGAGAAGAUUAUUCAGUAUAUAUCCUUAUAUGCCACAUGUAAAGGUUGGAGGAAGUUUAGGUUCUGAGCCAAAUUCAGAACCAUAUCGUGAACAUUUUGGUCAACGAAUUCUAAUUCGUUGUGAAAGUAUUAAAUUUAAACUUCAAGCUGCAUCGGAAAAUGAACAAGAAGGUUCUUAUCAAGUAGAACCAUAUUUCACUAGUUUGGCUUUGUUUGAUGUUCGCCAAAAUAGGAAACUUACAGAAAAUUUUCAUUUUGAUGUAAAUCAUAGUAAAGUACGUGAGAUGUUACCUAAUGAUGAGAACGAGGAAAACACUAUUAAGAAAAGUCUAUCAUCAGAAAUAGCCAAUUUACCCGAUGAGUGGAUUAUUUAUCCAAAGCGAGCUCUGUUUAGUGUCAGUAAUCCACAUCCUGAUAUAUAUUUGGUUUUAAGAAUAGACAAAGUUCUUCAAGGUGCCAUUAAUACAGCAUCUGAACCAUACAUUAGAAGUGCAAAAGAUUCCCGAUUAGGUAGUAAAGUUCAAAAAUCAGCCAAGGCUUUUUGUCAAAGGCUUGGGAAAUAUAGAAUGCCUUUUGCUUGGACUGCCAGGCCAUUGUUUCGAUUAUACAGUAAUGAUUUAGAUAAUUCUGAUUUCCCUGCAAUUUAUAGACAAGAACCUAACAGACUUAAAGACGAAGAAAUUUUAAAGUUUUUAUCUGAAUAUCGAAAAAGCGAUAAAUUAAGCAAAUUAACCGUCAUUCCGGGAUGGGCCAAGAUUAAAAUUGAAGAAUUAACAGAAAUUCCGGAAAAUACUUUAACUUCUUCGUUGGUACCUCUAAAACCGUUCCCUAUACCACCUUCGAAUGAGCCGACAUUUGAAAUAACUGAAUUUGAAGGGUCAUCCGAAAAUGAUGUGCAUCCUUAUACCGUUUUUAAUAAUCAUCUUUACGUAUAUCCACUUUCAUUAAAUUUCGAUACUCAAAAAAACUUCACACGUGCCAGAAACAUAGCUUGUUGUAUUGAACUUCGUGAUUCAGAUUCAGAAAAUGCAAAACCCUUAUGUUGUAUUUAUGGAAGACCUGGCUCGGUAUUAUUGGGAAAACAAAUAAUCACUUCAGUAUUGCAUCACAACACUAGUCCAGUUUGGUAUGAAGAAGUCAAAUUAAGACUUCCUAUACAUUUAAAACCUGAACAUCACUUACUCUUUACUUUUUAUCACGUGUCUUGCGAGAUAAAUAAAAAAAAAGAAAACGGAGUUGAAUCUUGCGUAGGUUAUGCAUGGUUGCCUUUGCUGCACAAAGGACGACUUUGUGUAGAAGAACAAACGUUGGCAGUGGCAUUACAUUUACCUCCCGGUUAUCUUUCUAUACAGCCUUUGGGCUUAGGACGAGGGAAUGCAGGGCCAGAUAUAACUUGGAUUGAUGGCCAAAAGCAAAUUUUUACUGUAGGAUUUCAAUUAGUGUCAACUGUUAUUACAAGAGACUUGCAUUUACACAAUUUGUUUUGUCACAUUGAAAAAUUAAUCGAUAAGCAAUUGGCUGUGAUACCUUCUGAAAGCGAAACGUGUAAAAUAAUUAAGGCUUCUCAUGCUAUUCAAUUAACAACAGCAAUAGCUUUUUUACCAACGAUAUUAAAUCAGCUUUUUCACUUGCUUUUAAUUGCGUCUACGAAAGAAAUCGGACUGAAUGUUAUUAGAGUUUUAAUACACAUAAUUCAUCUUAUUCAAGAAGCGGGUAAAAAGGAUGUUUUACAUCCAUAUAUAAAGUUUGUUUUUGUGACUCCUACAUUACCCAGCCUUAAAACAACGGUUCACGAAGAACUUAGUAAACUUUUACCUACUCUUCUAAGUCCGUCAAAUACUGAUUUUUUAGUUGUAAAUAAAUUUAUGAAUCAUUCGAGUUUCUUUUUUCAAAUUAUGAUCAAAAGUAUGGUGCAAUAUUUGCUAAAUACUGGUAGAAUAAAGAUGCAUCGCCAUGAAAGGUUUUCUGCUGAAUAUAUGGAAAAAAUUGAUGAAUUGUUGAAAAUUUUAGUACCAUACGUAAUUACCAAGCAUAGGGAAAUGCCUUUAGAAACACUCGAGUUAAACAAAAGCUUAGCUCAAUUUUUAAAAAAAUGUUUAACUGUGAUGGACAGGGGAUAUAUAUUCAGGCUAAUAAAUUAUUAUAUGGAACAUUUUAAAGAAUCAGAUUCAAGGACGCUACAUGAGUACAAAUUUUCUUUUUUACAAAUUAUAUGCUCUCAUGAGCAUUAUGUUGCCUUUAAUUUACCCGUCCUUAAUUUAAAAUUAAGGCCUUCAAAAAGCACCGAUUCACCAGUAAAUAAUUUCGGUUUGACAGAUGAAUUUAGGAAACAUCAUUAUUUGGUAGGCUUGCUGCUUCAGGAAACUACCAAGUCGCUUAAUCAGGUUUCGCAAAUUCGUAAAUUUGCCAUAUCAACCUUUAGAGAUAUAUUGGCCAAACACGAAUUAGAUGACCGUUAUCAAAAUAAAGGCCAACUGGCAAGGAUAGCCAGUUUGUAUUUACCAUGGUUAACUGUCGUCUUAGAUAAUUUUAACAGAUUAUGUACGCCACAAAACGAUGUAAUUCACAAUAUAUUAGAUUCGAGGCAUAGUAGGAUGUCUUCCAGCAGUUCGUUAUUGCAGUGCAGUUCAGCAUCGAACUCCUUAAAACCCUUUCAAAGAUUGGCAGUCGAUCAAAAUUCGCGGACUUCCAUUUACUUAAAAGAUUCACAUUUAUUUGCAGUCAUUGCCGGACAAAGUAACAUGAUAAAUGGAACUUCCACUGCGAGUCUGGGAUCUGAUGAAUCAUACGAUGGAUUGUCCACUGCGUCGCAAGAAACUACAAUCGUAAGAGAUUCUAGGGAUGAAUUAGACUUUAAAACUCAUACAAGAUCUUUUAGCGGUAUCACUACCGCUAGCCAACAACCACGCUGUGAUAAGUUUCAAAAUUCUGAAAUUAAAGAUAUAUUGCUGUGCUUCUUAUUCGUAAUAAAAUAUUUAGGAGAAGAAAGUUUGAUUUCAUGGUGGCAGCAAAAUGAGUACAAUGUCGUUUUAUAUUUUUUUUCUGUUAUUGAAAUUUGCUUGCAUCAAUUUAAGUAUGUUGGUAAAAAGCAAAUUGUUGGAAAGCAAGCGCAAGGAAAGCCAAUGAAAGCUAUGACAUUACCCGCAAGGAUGCAACCACCAGAUUUUAGUAAAACCGAUGGCACAAAUUUGCCCAUCCCCAGCGGAACGAGCAGUGUUGGACGAGAUGGGCAAUUGGCACUUGAUAAUGAUGCUUCUAAAGUUUAUCAAGCUUUGCUUGAAGCCAAUAUGGCUACCGAAGUGGGCCUCAUAGUUCUCGAUACUUUAGGAUUGUAUUGUGUUCACUUUAAAGAAAAUCUUAUGUAUUCUCAGGGGGAUAAUGCCAUAAUGAGAAAAAUUUUUGAUAUUUAUUUAUUUUUUUUGCAAGUCGGACAAUCAGAAACCUUGUUUAGACAUGUUUUUGCGGCGUUGAGAGCAUUUAUAAAUAAUUUUUCAGACGUUUUAUUUGAAGGAAACGCGGAAUUGUGCGGAAGACUUUGUUACGAACUUCUUAAAUGUUGCAACAGUAAGUUGUCGACGAUUCGACAAGAAUCAUGCGUCAUAUUGUAUCUCUUAAUGAGAAGUAAUUUUGAAUUUACCAAACGAAAAGGUCUUACAAGGGUUCAUUUACAAGUUAUCAUAUCUGUGUCGCAAAUGCUUGGCAACGUAGUGGGUCUUAACAAUGCCCGAUUUCAAGAGAGUUUGUCGUUAAUUAAUAAUUAUGCAAAAAGCGAUAAGGUCAUGAAAGAUACGGGGUUGAAAUUCGAAGUAAAAGAUCUUACAAAAAGAAUCAGGACUGUUUUAAUGGCCACUGCACAAAUGAGAGAAAACCAUCAAGAUCCGGAGCUCCUUGUAGAUUUGCAGCAUAGUCUUGCUAAUUCUUACGCUUCCACGCCGGAAUUGCGACUUACCUGGCUUCAAACCAUGACAAGAAAUCAUCAUUACAAUGGGAAUUUUUCAGAGGCAACCUGUUGUCAAUUACAUAUUGCUGCAAUGAUUGCGGAAUAUCUUAAGCUGAAGAAAGUACAGAUUUGGGGUGCCGAAGCAUUUGAUGAAUUAUCGUCAAAUAUUUUGGUGGAUGAAACGGGAUUAAAAUUAGAUUCAGGAAUUCAAGAUGUGCAAUUCACGGAACAGAUAUUGUUGGAACAACUCGAAAACUGUGUACCUUUGAUUGAAAAAGCAGAGAGAUACGAACUAUUAAAUCCUUUAUUUAAAUUAAUUAUUCCGAUUUAUGAGAAAAGAAGAAAUUAUCAAGCUUUGGCUCAGUGUCAUCAAAAUUUAGCCGAUGCGUUUGCUAAAAUUUCGGAAAUAAACAAAACUGGAAAAAGAUUAUUGGGACGAUACUACAGAAUAGCUUUUUACGGACAGAUAUGCUUCGACGAUAAUAACGAAGAAACGGAAUCUUGUCAGAAAAACGGUAUAGAAUAUAUUUAUAAAGAGCCCAAAGUCACAUCACUAUCUGAAGUAUCGGAAAAACUUUAUAAAUUAUACGGGGAAAAAUAUGGUAGGGAUGCAGUUAAAAUAAUAAUGGAUUCCAAUCCGGUGGAUCCAUCGAAAUUGGAUCAAAAAUUGGUUCACAUUCAAGUAACUUCGGUGACUCCGUAUUUUACGAAAAAAGAAUUGGAAGUUCGUCAAACGGAAUUUGAAACCACCCACGAUAUCAAUUGUUUCAUGUUUGACACUCCGUUUACAAAAGAUGGUAAGGUUCGGGGUACUCCGGAAGAACAAUGGAAAAGGAGAACUAUUUUGAAAACAAAACAUUCAUUUCCUUACGUGAAAAAAAGAAUCGAAGUAAUUAAUCGUAGGAUAGAAGAACACAGUCCCAUCGAAGUUGCUCUGGAUGAAAUGAGACUGAGAGUUAACGAGUUGGAAGAAGUUGUUUUCACUCGUCCCACGGAUUUGAAAAAACUUCAGCUCAGACUUCAGGGAAGCAUUUGCGUGCAGGUUAAUGCAGGGCCCAUGGCGUAUGCGAAUGCAUUUUUAGAUCCCUCGCGUGUUAAAUUGUAUUCGGAAAGUAAAGUGGAAGAGUUGAAAGACAUUUUUCAGUAA